UAAAAGAAAAAAAGUGUGCCUUUUGUUUCUUUGAUCUUUAUAUCCACACAACACAGCAUCAAAAAUCUCUCUCUUUCUGUUCUGCUAAUUUAAAUCUUGAAUCUCUUAUUAUUAUAUACCCCACCUAAAUCAAAGCAAAGAACCCGUCAAAAAGAAAUUCAAGAAAUAGAGCAGAGCAGCAGAAAGAAAGGAGAACAAUUUUUAUAGUCACCGUUAAACUCGCUCUGUGACUUUCAAGACCAUAUUUUAAUUUUCUUUCUUGGUCUUCUCUAUGUGCUCUCGGCCUCUCUAGAGGCUGAGCCGCCCUGUUCCUCCACCCCCACCACCGCUACCGUUAUGCUGUAUCAACAAUCUUGAGAAGAAUUCUUUGGUGCUGUGCUGUGUUACUUUUGAUUCUUGAUUUUCUUGAAUUGGGCUCUUUUCUUUUUCUUCUUCUCUUGAACAAAUGCAUAUAAUAAAUCCAGCAAAAUUAAUCAAGAUCAAAAGAAAACCUUCAUUUAAAUCAAACCCACCAUUUAUUGAGACUAUGUUUUUCGAAAUCGAUAACACGAGCACCACCAUAUCAACCUCGGGUGCUACUAGCACAACCGUGACAACCACAAAGAAACAGUCUUUCAUAUCUCGUCAAAUUUUUAUUCAUCCACCGUCACCGUCGCCAUCUUCGUCAUCACUUUCUUUAAAGAAGCGUCGGUCAUUGCUUAGGAAACACGCCCACUCCUCCGCCUCCACCAACUCCUCCAUUCGCAGCGGCCAUUUUGCUGAGUUCGCCGGUGGCACAACCGCUGAAUGCGCAGCUAUAUGUUGCUGCUGUCCGUGUGGGUUGGUUAACCUUCUUUAUUUGGCUAUAUACAAAGUACCGGCGGGUCUCUGCCGCCGUGCUUUAAGGAGGAAGCGGAGGAAGCAGCUUAUGAAGGAAGGGUUGUUGCCAGCAAGAACAAAACGGUGUCGCUGCGGGUGUGAUGAGACAGAGAUACAGAUUCAUCCAGAGAUGAUUAGACUUGAUGAGGAGGAGACAGAGAAUGGUGAUGAUGAUGAUAAUAAUGUUGCUGAUGAGGAAGAUGAUGCUAUGGUCAAAUUAGAGAAAGAGAUGUGGGAGACUUUUUAUAGUACUGGCUUCUGGAGAAGUCCUUCUCAAAGAGAGACACCAACAAAUACUACUGUGGUUAAAGAACCAUCAAAUAUGUCUAAGGUUAAACCAUUAUAGUCUUUCUUCUGCAUUGUUCUUUUCUUAAUUUCUCCAACUGGUACAUAUUUUCUUUUUAAUUUCAUAUACAUAUUUGUUGUUUCGUUCUUGUUCUUGUUUGAUGGGGAUGACGACAAUGGUGAUUGGAUUGAAUUGGAUUGGAGGAUUUAUGCUUCUUAUUGUACAGUCAAAGGAAAAGUGUAAAGAAAGGGUUGAAAGGUUUCAGAAGUGGGUGUGUGGAAUUAAUGUGUGAAAAACUGAAAAAAAAAAGUUUGCUUUUGUUGUGGAGUUUUAUUAUUGAUUUUUCUUUAAUAAAUUCUUUUAUUAUUACCAGCU